AGUCUUUUAUAAAGUAGUUGUAAUAAAGAUAGAGGUCCAUCGUCUUCCUCGUCACAAAACUCACUUUGCACAGAGACAAGACAGAGAGAGAGAGAGAUAAAGAAAGAAAGAAAAGCCAAAUUUUAAGGCAGAAGAGCGAUGUCGAGUUCUGCCGAGUAUCGGGAAUUUUCUGGUCGGAAGUUACAGAAGAAGCCGAGCUUCUCACAGACAUGUAGCCGUUUGAGUCGUUAUCUCAAGGAGAAGGGUAGCUUCGGAGAUCUGAGCUUGGGGAUGACAUGCAACCCUGACGUCACUGGAGUUUUUGCUGUGUCUCGACAGCCAACGAUGAUGAAUCUAUUCCCUUGUGAAGAAGCUUCCCCUACUCAAGACGUUAAACCAACGCAUAAGGUUCCUCGGCAGUCAAGCUUUUCUUCUUCCUCUUCCUCUGGAGCCAAGGGAGAAGUCGAGAAGAUCAUAGAGAUCAAAUCUGUGAAGGUGGAGUCUCAAUUGACCAUAUUCUACGGUGGACAAGUUAUGGUCUUUGAUGAUUUUACUGCUGAGAAAGCCAAACAAGUCAUUGACUUGGCUAACAAAGGAAGUGAUUGUACUCAAAACAUAGCCAAGAACCAAAAGGAGAUUGCUUCUUCUACCCCAAAUCCAGUUCAUAGCCCUGCAAAAACUGCAGCAGCAUCAGAGCUAGUUCAGACUAACACGUUCUCUUUAGCUUGCGAACUGCCAAUUGCUAGAAGAGCUUCGCUUCAUCGAUUCCUGGAGAAGAGAAAGGAUAGGAUUACAUCAAAGGCACCUUACCAGCUAGACGGUUCAACCGAAGCAUCUUCCAAGCCUAACACAUUUUGGCUAGGUUCUCAGUAAUCUUUUGAGACUGUCUAGUUCCAGAAGCCUCUUGAGAACUCAUCUGGAAAGAUUCUAUUGAUGCUUCCAUCGUUUACAGAUAUCAAGCUCCUCACUUGUUCAUUAUUUAUAUAAAAUUGAUUUUCGCGCCUAGUCGUUUUGUUUGUUCAAUGCACCAUCAGUAAUAUAUGUUGUAUCAAUGUGGUCUUAAGGUUUUUUUUUCCUUUUUUUUUGUUCAAGCCAUUUUGUCAUAAAACCUAUCUGCAGAUCUCAACUUUUGUAAGAAACAUCAGUUCUAUUUUUUUUUGUUGACGGCCUUAA